GCGACACUUGCUGCCUGGGGAACAGCCUCAUCGACCUCACGACAACGCGCUCCCGGCUGAGCCCGUCCCAUCGCCGUCUCGCCUCGUCUCGUCACCCUCUCCCCCUCCUCUCCCGACCCCCCUCAUCUCGCUACCCGCACAAGCUCCGCCUAUCCCUGUCGACCGCCCCAAGCCCGUUCAGCAACCAUGGUGGACCGCCCUAUCGCUUUCCAGGAGCUCCUCCAGCUCACAGCGCUCGGCAUCCAGCCUGGAUCGAUCGGCUUUGCGACCCUCACGCUCGAGUCGGACCGGUUCGUCUGCGUGCGCGAGGAGGUCAACGGCGCCAAGCAGGUCGUCAUUAUCGACAUGGCCGACCCGAACAACGUCGUGCGCCGGCCUAUCAGCGCCGAGAGCGCCAUCAUGCACGUCGACGACAAGGUCAUCGCCCUGCGAGCCCAGCGCCAGCUCCAGAUCUUCAACAUCGAGCUCAAGCAGAAGGUGUCGGCGCACCUCAUGCAUGAGGACGUGACGUUCUGGAAGUGGAUCUCGCCGACCACGAUCGGCAUCGUCACCGAGACGGCCGUGUACCACUGGACGUGCUACGCCCCCUCGUCGGCGCCGGACUCGCCGACGCAGGACGCGCCCGUCAAGGUGUUUGACCGCCACGCGUCGCUCGCCGGCAACCAAAUCAUCAACUACCGCGUCACGCCCGACGAGAAGUGGCUCGUCCUCGUCGGCAUCUCGUCCAACACGACCAACCCGGCCGGGUUCAAGGUCAAGGGCGCCAUGCAGCUCUACUCGAAGGAGCGCGGCGUGUCGCAGCCGAUCGAGGGUCACGCCGCGAGCUUUGCCGAGCUGCGCCUCGAGGGCGCGAGCGACGACACCAAGCUGUUCGCGUUCGCCGUGCGCACCGCCACGGGCGCCAAGCUCCACGUCGUCGAGAUCGACCACCAGGCCAACCUCCCGGUGUACGCCAAGAAGGCCGUCGACGUCUUCUUCCCGCCCGAGGCGACCAACGACUUCCCCGUCGCCAUGCAGGUGUCGAAGCGCUUCGGCAUCGCCUACCUCGUCACCAAGUACGGCUUCAUCCACCUGUACGACCUCGAGUCGGGCGCGUGCAUCUACAUGAACCGCAUCUCGGGCGAGACCAUGUUCACGACGUGCGAGCACCGCUCGACGUCGGGCGUCAUCGGCAUCAACCGCAAGGGCCAGGUCCUGUCGGUCACGGUCGACGAGGACGUCAUGAUCCCGUACGUCCUGUCGACGCUCAACAACGUCGAGCUCGCGAUCCGCCUCGCGUCGCGCGGCAACCUGCCCGGCGCCGACGACCUGUACUCGAACCAGUUCCAGCAGCUGUUCCAGUCGGGCGACUAUGGCGCCGCCGCCAAGGUCGCGGCGUCGUCGCCUCGCGGCAUCCUCCGCACGAGCCAGACGAUCGAGCUGUUCAAGAACGUCGCGGCGCAGCCCGGCCAGCUCAGCCCGAUCCUCCAGUACUUUGGCAUCCUCCUCGAGCGCGGCAAGCUCAACAAGUUCGAGUCGCUCGAGCUCGCCCGUCCGGUCCUGGUCCAGGGCCGCAAGAACCUCCUCGAGAAGUGGCUCAAGGAGGACAAGAUCGAGUGCAGCGAGGAGCUCGGCGACAUCGUCCGGGCGCACGACAUGACGCUCGCCCUGUCGGUCUACUUGCGCGCCAACGUGCCCAACAAGGUCGUCGCCUGCUUCGCCGAGACGGGCCAGUUCGCCAAGAUCAUCGUCUACGCCAAGCGCGUCGGCUACACGCCCGACUACGCGGCGCUCCUGCAGCACGUGACGCGGCUCAACCCGGAGCACGGCGCCGAGUUCGCGUCGCAGCUCGUCAACGACGAGAUGGGCCCGCUCGUCGACAUCGAGCGCGUCGUCGACGUCUUCAUGUCGCAGAACAUGAUCCAGCAGGCGACGAGCUUCCUCCUCGACGCGCUCAAGGAGAACCGUCCCGAGCAGGCGCACCUCCAGACCCGCCUCCUCGAGAUGAACCUCAUGAACGCGCCCCAGGUCGCCGACGCCAUCCUCGGCAACAACAUGUUCUCGCACUACGACCGCCCGCGCAUCGCGAGCCUGUGCGAGAAGGCCGGCCUCGCGCAGCGUGCGCUCGAGCACUACGACGACAUUGCCGACAUCAAGCGCGUCGUGGUCCACUCGAACCAGCUCCAGCCCGAGUUCCUCGUCGACUUCUUCGGCAAGCUCACGGUCGAGCAGACGCUCGAGUGCUUCAACGAGAUGCUCAAGGUCAACAUCCGCCAGAACCUGCAGGUCGUCGUCCAGGCGGCGACCAAGUACUCGGACCUGGUCGGCCCGGUCCGCCUCAUCGAGAUGUUCGAGAAGUUCAAGACGGCCGAGGGCCUGUACUACUACCUCGGCUCGAUCGUCAACCUGAGCGAGGACUCGGAGGUCCACUUUAAGUACAUCCAGGCGGCGACGCGCACGGGCCAGAUCCGCGAGGUCGAGCGCAUCGUGCGCGAGAGCAACUACUACAACCCGGAGAAGGUCAAGAACUUCCUCAAGGAGGCCAAGCUCCAGGACCAGCUCCCCCUCAUCAUCGUCUGCGACCGGUUCGACUUUGUGCACGACCUCGUCCUGUACCUGUACCAGAACGGCCUCACCAACUUCAUCGAGGUGUACGUCCAGCGGGUCAACUCGGCGCGCACCCCGCAGGUCGUCGGCGGCCUGCUCGACGUCGAUUGCGACGAGGCGACGAUCAAGGCGCUCCUCGCGAGCGUGACGGGCCCGGUCCCGGUCGACGAGCUCGUCGACGAGGUCGAGAAGCGCAACCGCCUCAAGCUCAUCCUGCCCUGGAUCGAGGCCAAGGUGCAGGCCGGCCAGCAGGACCCGGCCCUGUACAACGCGCUCGCCAAGAUCAAGAUCGACUCGAACGUCGACCCCGAGGCGUUCCUCAAGGACAACAACGCCUACGACCCGCUCGUCGUCGGCAGGUACUGCGAGAAGCGCGACCCGUACCUCGCCUACAUCGCCUACGCCAAGGGCCUGUGCGACGACGAGCUCAUCGCCAUCACGACCGAGAACGCCAUGUACAAGCACCUCGCGCGGUACCUCGUCAAGCGUCGUCGCCUCGAGCUGUGGCAGCAGGUCCUCGGCGCCGACAACGUCCACAAGCGCCCGCUCGUCGACCAGGUCGUCGCGACGGCCGUUCCCGAGUCGACCGACCCGGAGGACGUCUCGGUCACGGUCAAGGCGUUCCUGUCGGCCGACCUGCCCUCGGAGCUCAUCGAGCUCCUCGAGAAGAUUGUCCUCGAGCAGUCGGCGUUCUCGGACAACGCCAACCUCAAGAAGCUCCUCAUGCUCACGGCCAUCCGCGCCGACAAGGGCCGCGUCAUGGGCUACAUCGACCGCGUCGAGGGCUUCGACGUGCAGGAGAUCGCGGGCAUCAUGAUCGAGCACGGCCUGCACGAGGAGGCGUUCACCCUCUUCCGCAAGAACAAUAUGCACCUCGAGGCGAUGAACACGCUCGUCGAGUACGUCGUCUCGAUCGACCGCGCCCAGCAGUACGCCGACAAGGUCGACCAGCCGGCCGUGUGGUCGCGCCUCGGCAAGGCCCAGCUCGACGGCCUGCGCGUCAAGGACGCCAUCGACUCGUACGUGCGCGCCGAGGACCCGAGCAACUACCUCGAGGUGAUCGAGACGGCGUCGCGCGCCGGCAAGCACGACGACCUCGUGCGCUACCUCCAGAUGGCGCGCAAGACGCUGCGCGAGCCCGCCAUCGACACCGAGCUCGCCGUCGCGUACGCCAAGACGGACCGCCUGCGCGACAUGGAGGACUUCCUGUCGAUGACCAACGUCGCCGACCUCCUCUCGGCCGGCGAGAAGGCGUUCGACGCCGAGCUGUACGACGCGGCCAAGCUCCUGUUCUCGAGCAUCUCGAACUGGGCCCGCCUCGCAACGACGCUCAUCUACCUCGGCGAGAACCAGGCGGCGGUCGACGCGGCGCGCAAGGCGGGCAACACGCAGGUGUGGCGCCAGGUCAACGCGGCGUGCAUCGACAAGAAGGAAUUCCGCCUCGCCCAGAUCUGCGGCCUCAACCUCGUCGUCCACGCCGAGGAGCUGUCGGCCCUCGUGCGCCUGUACGAGUACCAGGGCUACACGGACGAGCUCAUGGCGCUCCUCGAGGCCGGUCUCGGUCUCGAGCGCGCCCACAUGGGCAUGUUCACCGAGCUCUCGGUCCUCUACGCCCAGUACAAGCCCGAGCGCCUCAUGGAGCACCUCAAGCUCUUCUGGUCGCGCAUCAACAUCCCCAAGGUCCUGCGCGCUGCCGAGCAGGCGCACCUCUGGUCCGAGCUCGUGUUCCUGUACGUCAAGUACGACGAGCACGACAACGCGGCGCUCGCCAUGAUGGAGCGGUCGGCGGCGGCGUGGGAGCACAACCAGUUCAAGGAGGUCAUCGUCAAGGUCGCCAACAUCGAGAUCUACUACAAGGCCCUCAACUUCUACCUCGAGCAGCAGCCGCUCCUCCUCAACGACCUCCUCACCGCCCUCGCACCACGCAUCGACCACACUCGCGUCGUGCGCCUGUUCCAGAAGGCCGACGAGCUGCCUCAGAUCAAGAACUACCUGCUUGCCGUCCAGGACCGCAACCUGCCCGCCGUCAACGAGGCGUACAACGAGCUCUUGAUCGAGGAGGAGGACCACCACAGCCUGCGCGACAGCGUCGACGCCAACGACGCGUUCGACUCGGCCGCGCUCGCCUAUCGCCUCGAGCGUCACGAGCUCCUCGAGUUCCGCCGACUUGCCGCGCACCUGUACGCCAAGAACUCGAAGUGGGACCGGUCGAUCCAGCUCUCGAAGGAGGACAAGCUGUACAAGGACGCCAUCGCCACCGCCGCCACCUCGGGCAGCGUCGACGUCGCCGAGGAGCUUCUGCGCUACUUCGCCGACAUCGGCAGCCGGGAGGGGUGGUUGGCCCUCGCUUACGCCGCGUUCGACUCGAUCCGCUCGGACGUCAUGGAGGAGACGUCCUGGCGGCACGGAUUCUCAGACGUGUUCAUGCCGUACAAGCUCACGGCGGCACGGCUCGCAGCCGACCGGGUCGUCGCGCUCGAGCGCCGCCUCGAGGCGCUGUCGACAAAGGCGAGCGAGGACGAGCAGGAGGAGCAGCAGGCCGGCUCGUUCUUGAUGGGCAGUUCGUCGCGGGCUAUCGCGUGGACGGCCUGAGCCCCCUGUAGACUCUCGUUUGUAACUCUGCUCUUUUCUCGCUU